CCUAGCGCGGCUGCGUUGCGCGACUUCAGCCGCAUGUUGGCUGUGGCCAGGUCGCUGGGGGGCUCCGGUGCCCGGCUGCGCGCGCUGUGGGGCGGCGGGGCGGGUGUGCGUCUUCCGGGACCCGUGCGAUCCCUGCGUGGCUCCGCGGCCUCCUGUGGCAGCAAGAACUUGCUGAAGAAAUUUGCCUUCAAAACCAGGAAGAAGUUUUGGUAUGAAGGACCUUCCCUGGGAUCUCACUUGACUUAUAAGCCAUCCAAGUUGGAAUCCCUCCUGAAGGCUACCUCAAAGAAGACCAGGAAGGAAGACCAUGUGCGCCUGAGGGCCCUGAAUGGCCUGCUCUACAAAGCCUUAACAGAUUUGCUGUCCACCCCUGAAGUGAGCCAGGAAGUCUAUGACCUGAAUGUGGAGCUCUCCAAGGUUUCUCUGACUUCAGACUUCUCAGCCUGCCGUGUGUACUGGAAGACAGGUCUCUCUGCUGACCAGAAUAAGCACACAGAGGCCACCCUGCAGAGAAGUGCUGCAUACAUGAGGCACCUCUUGAUGUCCCAGCAGACGCUCAAGAAUGUACCACCAAUAGUGUUUGUUCAAGACAGAAGAAAUGCCCUUCUGGCUGAGGUUGAUCAGUUGCUGGCAGUAGCUGACUUUGGGCCCAUAGAUGAAGUAGACAACUCGGCACAAGGUCAUUUCAGGGAUCCUGAUGCCCUAUCACCACAUGACCCCUCAGGACCUGCUGCACACUCUUAUCUGUGUGGGAUCGAUCAUGAUGCACUCAACAGGCAAAUAAUGGAGUACAAACGGAAGAAGGAGAAAGGACUCCAGGACACGAGCCUGGUUCCACCUGGGCAGAAGCAAAUGGCUAAGCUGCCACAGUGGAUGAGGAGAAGGAAGGCCGCACCACAAGAGGACCAGGACACCUCCCCCAGAAGUUUCCUCUUGGGUGAGGAGAGUGAGGAUGAGGAUGAGGACAGUACCCUGGGAUUUGGAUGUGAAUCCCAGAAAGCAGAGGAAUGGGAGGCAGAACCUGGAGGUAGUGGGACACAGCAGGACCUCCAUGGCAGAACAGAGCAAGGAUAGGGGUGAGACUUCAGGCUGCCUGUCUGGGCCUGUAGAAGAGUGAGCAUUUGUGUGAGGUGUGUGAUCUGAGAUAGGUGAUGAAGCUACUGGUGGUAUCAUGGACUCUUCUGCUGUUCAACUUUCAGUAGUUUUCCAUGUAUCUAAAUGUGAUUUGCUAUACAGAAGUCACUGUUGUUCUUUCUUCAGCUCACUGUGUGUAAUAAAAAAAAAUAAACCACUCAUCCCAUUGGUGAGAUCCUCAGAUGUAAA